AUGGGCGACAACAUCCACGACACAAAUACGGUUGCCACCCGCAGCGCAAGAAGAAAUGCUUCACGUGCGAAACCAUCGGGGACUGCCGCCAAUGCAUUGAACCUCGCAUCCCCGCCUGGGUCAAGGACGCCUCCCAGCAUGCCAUCAAAAAAGACCAUUUUUUAUCCUGAUUCGCUAGGGAGGCAACAGAAAAGCCGACAUGGCUCGGAGGCUAUUGACCCGGAGGCGCUUGCGAAGGCUCUAAAGGACUAUGAGGACGCUGGGCGCCCUCGUGAGAGAACACCCGGGACCAGUCCCAGUCGGAAAAGGCAGCGAGUAUAUGGCGACAGAUUUAUCCCGAACCGGGAGGGGCAGGACCUCCAAGCAACCUACAGUUUGCUCCACGAGGACGGGUGUCCCUCUACACCUUCGAAAUCGAAAAAGCGUGCGCCGCAUUCGGAGCUUCAUUUUCAAAAAACGGAAGAAGCAAACAGGAUGUACUCGCGAGUCCUGCGGAGCGAGCUGUUCGGCAGUACUGUCCCGCAAGCUGACCUAGAAUCAUUAUCACCGGAUCCUUUGCUGGGCCUCGGUAAUGGUAUCAAUGAAAAGACUCGCUCCCAUACCCCACCGUCGCAUGUGUCAAAUCUUCCUCCAGCAAGCAUAACACCGUCGACACCCCACAAGAACCUCUUCAACUACGCCUCCCCACGUGGAUCUGCACAUCCCACCCCUUCUAAAACCCCCCGGAGUCAACAUGGCCCCAACCUCAAUGUUCGAUCAGAGCUCUAUAGUCUAUCACCGAUACGCUAUGAUAGUCAACGCAUCCUUGAGACCCCCCGCAAACAACCACGUUAUGUCAACAAAGUACCAUACAAGGUACUGGACGCACCUGACUUGCAAGAUGAUUUUUACCUAAAUCUGGUGGAUUGGGGGAGUAGUAACGUAUUAGGUGUUGGCCUUGGAAACUCCGUCUAUAUGUGGAAUUCGCAAAGCGGAACGGUCACUAAGUUAUGUGAGCUAAGAGACGACACCGUCACGAGCGUUAACUGGAUUCAGAGGGGUACACAUCUUGCUAUAGGGACUGGGAAGGGACUUGUGCAGAUCUGGGAUGCAGAGCGAUGUCGCCGUCUACGAACGAUGAUUGGCCAUACCAAUCGUGUAGGUGCCCUGGCUUGGAAUGACCACAUCCUUACAUCUGGCUCGCGAGAUCGCCUCAUCUAUCACCGAGAUGUGCGCUCUCCAGAUCAAUACCUCCGGCGACUUUCUGGCCAUAAGCAAGAAGUCUGCGGUCUCCGAUGGAAUACAGAAGACGGUCAGUUGGCUUCGGGUGGCAACGAUAACAAGCUUUUGGUGUGGGAUAAGCUAAACGAGACGCCCCUCUAUCGCUUUUCUGACCACACGGCCGCUGUCAAAGCGAUUACCUGGUCACCUCAUCAGCAUCAUUUGCUUGCUUCGGGUGGUGGAACGGCCGAUCGGACUAUCAAGUUCUGGAAUACCUCGACUGGAUCGUUGAUCAAAGAGGUUGACACGGGCAGUCAAGUCUGCAACCUAGCCUGGUCGAAGAAUUCGGACGAAAUUAUCAGCACACACGGCUACAGUCAGAAUCAGAUUGUAAUCUGGAAGUAUCCACGUAUGGAACAGAUCGUAUCAUUAACGGGGCAUACGUUCCGUGUCCUGUAUCUGGCAAUGAGCCCCGAUGGCCAAACGGUCGUUACGGGUGCUGGUGAUGAGACUUUGAGGUUUUGGAAGAUUUUUAACAAGAGGUCCGGGAGAGACCAAGGGCGUGAAGGCAGCAAGUUGGCGGAAUGGGGCACCAUCCGGUGA